UUUAAUCACAGAAACAUUUCUUUAUUGUAACUGAUAUCUGCUCUUUUGAUGCUCUUGAGUUAAUGGCUUCUAGACAGUAUUAAGGGAACAUCUUUUAAAUACAUAUCUACUGUUUCAUUUCGCUUCCAUUUUAUUUUAGCUUGAUUUUAUCAAUCAACUGUUCUAAUGGAUAAUUAGUCAUUGGUUAUUGGUCGCUAUCGCUUAUUAUAGCGGCCGCAGCCUGGCACAAAGCCUAUAAUUGCAUAUCUUAUCGUUUUGGCUUUUAUUUAAAGGGUAAUAUCUAUGUAUGCAUUAUAUUUGUUUAUUUUAUUGAUGUAUUCGUAAAAUUGAACGAUGAGUGGAAUUGGUUCUGCACAAGACUCGUCGAUACGCUGGGCGGACGAGUUGGACGACUCUGAUUCUGGAAUUGAACCACCAAUGGAUUAUAAACCAUUAUAUUCGCAAGAGUCAACUACUGAUUAUCGUCAAACAUCGGCUAAAGCACCAGAGGAGACAGCGAAAUCGUUUGAAGGGCACCGUGCUGAUUUUCUUGCAGGUGAUCCUUCUGAUACAUGUGACUUAUUUUCACGUCGCAAUUUGCGUUCAAACAAUAAAAAGGGCACUAAUUCACGUAAACCCAGGACGUUCACACCUCCUCAUGAUGACGAAUUCAGUUGGAGAUCUUCGUCGAAUUCUCUUAGGGGCGGCGGUCGCAAUGUAUCAUCAAUGGGUUCCAAAAGUGAAGAAGAUCGCGGAUUUUAUGGAAUGAGAAACCGGCGUAGAGAGGAAAAUAACUCCGCCUGGUAAUACAUUAAAUGGUCUUCUGUUAGAAUAUUUUUUGUAGUUAAAAUAUUAUUACGUAAAUGUGGAUUGCACCAUUGGUUUGUAAAUUUUUUCAAGGAGCCUGAACGUAUCAAAAUCGGUGUUGAAGGUUGAAUAUAGCAUUGCGUCGGCGUAUACACUCAUUUGCUUUAGGGCAAUGUUGAUCACUGCAUAUUUUCAUUGGUUAAAAUCCAUAGACUUACCAUUUGCAACUACAUCAAGCGUGUUUGCGAAAUCAAUUGGCAUUGAAUAACGGCGAAUCGUUGAAAUUGCCUUAGACAGUGAAGCACAUUGUGCUACAAACUCUUUUGCGACCUGUUGAAUCGUGGUAUCGGUGUAGCCGAGCAUGUUUGCGAUA